CCUUUUGUAUGUUUGUGUGAGUGUCAGCUCUAUUCGUAUCUCGGGUUAGAGCAUUUUGCUUGUAUUACAUCAUGGCUAGGUCAGCGGAAAGUGGAAUAUUUACCACAACUUAAUGAGCAAGGUGUUUGACGCAAUCGCCGACAAGGAAAUAGAAGAUAGAGAAGAGGAACAGCUAGAUCUUCUGGCAAAAGAGAUAGAUGAGAUAAAGAAGCUACUGGUUGAAAUAAAAGCGAAACAAGUUUCCACUAGAGGUUUGGUGGAUACCUUCAGAGGAGCAGAUUACGACUUAGAGGCAGUUUACGAGAGAGCUAGGCAAUGGAGACAUGACAGAGAUGAUUGGAGUAGAGAAUACACCCCCACCCCGCCACCACUCAGCACAUCUAACCUUAACGCAUCAGAAAAGAGUUUCCUAGAAGAGCUGGAAGAAGCGGGAGACACAAUGGACCCAUUAGAUGGACUAGAAGCUGACAAUGAGGUGGCUUCUGUGAAAGAAGACGCUGCAGAUGUAGAAGAAGAAACUCUUGAAACCUCUGCGGGGGCAGAGACAACAGAUGUAUUAGCCGCUACAGGGGAAUCAGAAAACUAGACAGAGUAGAUCUGAGGCAGCCGGGUACUUGGCGGCAUUGUCCGGUUCCUGGAUGUUUUGACAAAGAUAAUUAUAACGGUGGUUCAAUCCAACGAAUAAAAAUUUUAUUGGGCCGACUCCUAACUUUAUCAUUUAUACGAUUACAAAAUAAAUCAAGUUUUAAUUUGAGUUGUACUUAAUAAUGUAAUGUUUUUGUUUUUUAUUUAUUUGAUUAUUUAAAUUUUUGAAAAUGUUGCGAAUUAUUUUAAUUGGGUUGUCACAUGAAGCCUUUCAAAUUUAAUGUGUUACAUUUUCAUUUACAAUUUAAUCGUAUCCGAGAAUGCCUUUAACUUUUUCGUUUAUAGAUAAUCCCCUGUAUUUUGAAAUCAAAAAGUAAUAUACGAUUUUUGUUAAUAAUAUAAUGCCUUUGUAAUGAGCGGCUUCCUGUUUUGUUAAUAAUAAUAUAAUACUAAUCCUGUAUCUUACAUCAUUGAUCAUGGGAACUUAAACGACGAUUUUAACGACGAAUAUAUGUAUUUAUCAAGCUCUGCAGUCAGGCGAACCAAAAGUGGAACCAAUUUUCAGUUUAAAGUUAAGACCCUCGCUAAACGGCAUAGCACGCGUAACGUGUCAAAUAAUGCGUUACGAGAAUAUAGACUGAGAGGAAAAGUCUUUGUUCUAUUUAUUAUUUUAUAGUUCCACGUUAGGUGAUAUUAAACUUUUUAUUUAUACUAACUUUGUCCAUACAUACAAUUUUAAACUCGAGACAGGUUUAUAAAGGAGGACUUAUCUUUUUUUGAAUUACGUUAUUUAUUUGUUCAAUUUCGAUUUAGUAAUUCAAAUUGAUAUUUUCGGGGACAAAGUGAGAGUCUCCACUCAGUUUUUCAAACAAAUAGUUAUCGACGUUUCGGCCCACGCCUUUGUAAUGUGUGAGACGUUACAAUUACGUUACAUAGCUCAAUAAAUGUAAUAGAUUUUUAGUGUUGUAAUUAGUUU